CUUAAAGCCUACCCCGCUACCCAGGUCGUUCUGAAUAAUGUCGCUAAACUUCAUUGGUCAGCGUCGGCCGUGCACCCGCCUUGCACCCACCACCUCAACUUCAGAUGACACCUUGCUGGCUGAGGAGGAUCUUCCUACCCGACGUGCGUCAUCGCCAACCCCACGUAACCUCUAUCUGGGCUGUGCGUGUAGUCCGAGACGCCUAUUGAUAGACCAUGAUGGGAGGAGUCACCUAUUUCCUUCUCGUCUAUCUUCUUGGUGGCCUUACCUUUCUUCCCUUCCUCGUUGUGGUCCUCAUCCUACACGCUUACCUGACAUUCCCCGUCCGCGAGACCACGACAGAGGUGCCAGGAGCACCGAGAAGCAACGGCCUUUUGCGGGAUGGCGACCGAGCGGAUGCUAUCAGAUCGGCUUCCAAGAAUUUGGACGAGAAGUUUCAGUCUCGCAGCUCCCAAGAGUCUGACGUAGCUGCUGGGUAUUUCGCCGUUUGCCGCGAAUAUGUCCCUGGAGGCAUUAAUGGCAAACCGCCGGAGAGAACAACUCCUACGGGCUCUACAGUUGUCACUUCACCGAGCCCAAGUGUAUACCAAAGUAUGUACCGCAGCAUAUUCGACCGAAGAAAGGACACAAAUCCAUUGGAUAUCAAGGGCGCCGGGAAGCCAACCAGUAAAGGCGGAAAUGUAUUUUAUGUUGUGUUAAGGCAUCAACAUAUCCUACUCUUCGACACUGAGGAACAACUCGAAGUCCGCUAUGUGCUAUCCCUGGCACACCACGAUGUCAGUAUAUAUGGCGGAGGCGAGGAAAUACCAGACGGGGAGCUUUUUAUCAAGCGAAAUGCCAUAUGCUUGACCCGUAGAGCCGACGUUGGAGAAAUGACGCCCGACGGAACACCUUCGAAACCUUUUUAUCUAUUUACCGAUAGUCUUUCUGAGAAGGAAGACUUCUAUUUCGCAUUACUGAAAAAUAUGCAAAAACGACCUGAAGAUUCAAACAAUGUCCCCAAGCCUCUACAGUUCGAUGUCAAGCACAUUAUUGAAUUGGUUCAACGGCUACAUUCAUCCGAGGAGAAUAUGCAGAUACGGUGGUUCAACGCUGUCCUAGGAAGAAUAUUCCUCGGCAUUUACAAAACGCCGGAUGUCGAGGCCUUUAUUAGAGCCAAGAUUACCAAAAAGAUAUCGAGAGUGAAGAAGCCUGCAUUUCUGUCCAAGAUUAUCAUUCGAAACAUUGAUAUGGGUGAGGGGGCCCCAUAUAUCACUAAUCCGCGUUUAAAAGACCUUACCGUCGACGGCGACUGUACGAUUGAAGGCGACAUGCUUUACACAGGUAAUUUCCGCGUUGAAAUAGCCGCAACUGCAAGGAUAGAACUCGGCUCAAGGUUCAAGGCCAGGGAGGUAGACUUAGUCUUGGCGGCUACCGUUCGCCGCGUUGAGGGGCACAUGCUUCUUAGAAUUAAGCCGCCACCAAGCAACCGUCUUUGGAUGACUUUCGAGACCGCUCCACGAAUAGAUAUGUCUAUCGAGCCAAUUGUCAGCUCCAGACAAAUUACCUACACUCUGAUUCUCCGCCAGAUAGAGAACAGGAUCAAGGAGGUCAUUGCUGAGUCCAUUGUUAUGCCAUUUUGGGACGACCUUGCGUUUUUCAAUACGGAUGGAAAAAAGUGGCGAGGCGGUAUCUGGACAGACAGCGAACUGUCUCGGCCAUCACAACCCCUUGAAACAAUAAUUGCCGAGGAUGGAGAUGUAGACGAGCUGGAGCAAAUAGAAAACCAAACGUCUUCUCCGCCUCUUCCGCCGCUGGGGAAGAGCAUGAGUACCCCCGCGCUGGAAACCAGCCCACAUGUAGAGUCUUUUGCUCGGAAAACCGCGAAGUCGGUCUUCAACAUGGGGCCUUCCAAAAAGAAUGCUUCGUCUACAAGUGUCGAAACAAAGUCGUCGGUGACUUCUAAUAAGCCAAAAUCCAUCAGGAAGCACUCAUUCGCGAGUGCUGUUGUAAGCACCGAUAAUACCAAUAUCGACGCGCUCAAGCUCGAAAGCCCUUCAGACCACAGUGCAGCGGCUUCUACCAUGGCUGCUCUAUCAGCAAGGUCGCCUCCACCUUCAACAACGGCCAGCCCUGUUGGGUCUCCGUCUAAGCCUUCAAGUAUAUUGAAAACAAAGUCUGGCAGUAUGUCGUCGUUUUCCUCACGAGAAACAGAUAGUGUCGAAUGUGCUGGACUCGACUCCACAAUUUGUGAUGAAUUGAGAGCAGCAGAUGGAGAGAGCCUCAAAAUAAACCAGCACAAAGGCGAAGCAUCAUUGGCAGAAAGCCCUAGCAGCCUAUCCGAUAGUUCUCACGCUGAGUCUAUACGCCCUUCUCGCCUAGGAAUUAUCGGCCAAGACGCAAAUGGUUCACUGAACGUGGUGGAGGAUUCAGAAGCCGGAGCUAGUGUUAGCAGAGGAUCAACCUCAAAACGGAAUACUCUUAGCGCAGUCGCCAGUGCAGCUGAAAACGCUCGAAAAUGGGGGUUAAACGCGCUACAAAGAAGCCGUGACCAAACAAAGCUCUCCAUGGCUUCUGAACUUGGGAGUGAAACACCCGAUUUGACACAGCCAAUGGGUCGCGGGAAACCAUUACCGCCUCCUGGCACGCCUUUACCUCCUCCAGACAGAAGGACCAAAACUGCGCCUAUCCCAGUUCCAAAACGCAGACCACUCCCUCCUCCACAUAUGGCCCGACAACCGUCUGAAGUCAAGGCUCGAAGGUCUGCAUCUUCCAACAUGUCCCAUCAAGCCCCACCACUACCUAAGCGGCAUUCUCGCAAUGACAAUGCCGUCUCACAGGAAGGUGUACUUGUCGUCGCAGCUCCAGACUCUGAGCCGGUGUCCCCAACAGACGACUCCGCAAAUACUCAUAUUUCUCAUUGGGAAGGCGGCGACAAUGAUGACGAAGCCCACGGUCACUCUAGCACACCCGCAAAGGAAGGUCCUCUCUUGCCCGCAAAUGUACUAGAAGAUACCGAGAGCCUGCACAACCCAUCCAGCAGGGAUGGAAGCACCGGAAUUUCUGAAUGUUAGAAAUUGUAUAAUCAAGUACAUUUUGAUCGACCUUUGGAGGGUUCCAAAGUAUGCCCUGUAUUGCGCCACGAAGCCUCGACCCUUUACUCCGGCGAUACACUUCACUGCGAUCUUAUUGUCAACCUGUGCCUGGAUAAACAACUCCAACGGGAUCCUCGCCACCUUUUUGCGGUGAUGCUAUUAUUUCAUACUCGUCGUCAUGCCAAUCAGCUUGUUUCCGCUUGACCUUGGCCACCAGGGAAACUAUUGACUUUCGCAGACAUUCGAUCAGAUAUUCCCACCAUCAGGCUCCUUGGCAAGUUCCAUUUAUAUAUAACGGAGCACCACUUGCAAGUAGUCUAUGUUACAGAGUCAAUGAGUGAAGCUAGAUGGAAAGCAAUCCCCACACAGACAAAACCGACUAUUCUGGUUGUGUUUAUCUCCUCCGACUUCUUAUCAUUAAAUACCUUAUAGUGAGUGGUAGUAAGAGCUACUCUGGCAAGAGACGUUUGGGGGUUUCGUCAAAUAAAUAUAUACUAUAACAGUGAAAUGAUAAUAAAUCGUACUCCAGUACUAAGAUAGCCCUUGGAUUUUCAUAAAGUCUCCUCCAAGGACCUCGUUAUUGGUGGUUGUGACAUUUUCUUGGCUUACUGCCCACUUGUACCUGGAGAUUACGUGGAGAGGCG